AUGCACAGAUUCACCAGAAUUCCAAAGCAGAAGAUUUUGAGGACUAAUAUCGUUGGUGAACGUGUCUUGGCCUUAAGUAUUGGUCAUUCCAAUGCUAGCAUUGUUGCUAAUAAUGGUGUUUGUGUUAAUGGUCGAAAUACUCCCAUUUUUACUGCUUAUUAUGCAGAUAUUCAGGCUUUUGAUAGUGUGAUAUAUGCUCAUGUUGUUCAUGAUGCUACUGGCCGUACUAUUGGCUCCUUGAAUGGGCAAAGUCUUUUGGUUAAUUCUAAUGAUAGAGUGGCUAAUUUGAAUCAUGGUCAAAUGGAAAAUAUCAUAGAGUCUGGUAGUCAACCUUCCAACUCUUCACUUCAUGGAUCUACAGUGGUGGAAGCUCAGACUGUUGAGAUAAAUAAUGAUCAACAGAAUGUGCAACCUACUGCUGCGGUUCUUCCGAAGAAAAGGAAGGUAGUUGAAUCCAGAUCUCCUGUGUGGGAUCAUUUUGAAAAGAUUGUUGAUGAGAAUAAUGUUACUGUUGAGGGAAAGUGUAUAUAUUGUGCCGAAAUAUAUAAAUGUGAGACCAAAAAACAUGGUACUUCAUCAUUGAGAACCCACAUGUUUAACUGUCUUAAAAACCCUCACUCAAAAGACACAAGGCAAUCACUUCUGACCUUUCAAGCUGUUACCAAUUCUGAUGCAUCUCCUGCUACUGUUGGUGAGUUAGGAACUUGGGUCUUUAAUCAAGAAGCUAUUAGGAAGGCCUUAGUUGAAAUGAUUAUAAUAGAUGAACUCCCUUUUAGAUUUGUUGAAGGUCCUGGAUUUAGGAAGUUCAUUCUGGUAUGUUGUCAUAGGUUUAAGAUUCCAUCAAGAUGGACAAUUAGUAGGGACAUCAAUUUGAUUUAUGAAGAGGAAAGGCUCAAGUUGAAGUGCAUGUUUAGGGGAAACACUCAAAGAGUCAGUAUUACUACUGACACUUGGACUUCUAUUCAGAGAAUUAACUACAUGGUAGUUACUGCUCACUUUAUAGAUGAAGAGUGGAGGCUAAAUAAAAAAAUUAUUUCAUUUGUCCCUGUCACAUCACACAAAGGUGAGUCUGUUGCAAAAUCCCUUGAAAACUGUUUGCUGGAUUGGGGUAUUAGAAAUGUCUACACUAUUACAGUGGACAAUGCAUCAUCAAAUGACACUGCCCUAGGUUUUUUAAAAAAGAAAUUGAUGUCUUGGGGAACAUCUACUGUGAAGGGCAAGUACAUUCACAUGAGAUGCAUUGCCUAUAUUUUGAAUUUAGUUGUGCAAGAUGGGCUAAAACAGUGUGAUGAUUCUGUGAAGAAGGUUAGGGAUGUUGUAAGGUAUGUGAAAAGUUCACCUGCUAGACUUAAGAAAUUUAAGGACUUGUCUGAAUGGCUUGGGAUUGAAAAGAAAUCAUCUCUGUGUCUAGAUGUUCCAACCAGAUGGAACUCUACAUAUCUUAUGUUACAAUCUGCAGUAUUUUAUGAGAAAGUGUUUUAUUCACUUGAAGAAAGUGAUUCUUCCUUCAAAUCAGAUUUGGGUGAUUCUAUUCCAAACUUUCUUGAUUGGGAGUCUGUGAAGAGUUUGGUGAAUCUGUUGAAGUGUUUUUAUGAUAUGACAAUAAGAAUUUCAGAUAAGAUGAACUUGAUGAUAUUCUUUGCAAACAUUCUUGACCCCAGGGACAAAUUAGAGUACAUGCCAGCACAGAUCUUACACAUGUAUGGUGAGUUAAAAGGUAAAACCUACUAUGAGAAAGUGGUUGCAGCUUUUACAGAGUUGUUUGAUGAUUAUGCUGCCUCUGUUGUCCCUAUUGCUCCUGUGAUUCCUUCUACUGUUGUCCCUACUGUUUCUGUCAUCUCUUCUACUGAUUCUUCACAGUCUAAUGUUGGGAAGCCCCAGGGUUUGUUAAAGUCCCAGAUUAAGAAACAAAGAAUGGAGAGUGGGGGAAAGAAAAAAACUGAGUUGGAAAUUUACCUUGUUGAGGCAUUAGUUGAAGAAGAAUCUUCUUUUGACAUACUUAGAUGGUGGAAGCUGAAUGCUGAAAGAUUUCCUAUCCUUUCAAAAAAUCUGCCUUCAGUACAUCAGGGAGGGUUUUAG